AUGGAAGACAAGAUUUCUGGAAUGUCAAUAAACAGCAAGAAUGAGUGUGGAAGAAUUGUUGAAAUCAAGGAGCUGGACGAGAGCUUUGAUGGAAGAACUGUUAUUGUGAGAGGAUUUGUGCUCAAGUGUUCUUGUACUGGCAGGUAUGUUUUUGUUGUUCUUAGAGAUGACGGAUGCACUCUUCAGUGCAUGGCCGAGAAGCCUACAGAUGGUGCAGAUGGAAAGCUAUUGGAUGAGUUUAAGAGCCUGAAGAAGGUAACGCACGAGUCUUAUGUUGAGAUUCGGGGAGUUAUUGCCAGGCAGGAGGUGGAGAUCUCUGGGUGCAGCAAGAAGAGCAUUGAGCUCCGUGUUGCCGGCAUCUUUGUGCUUAGUGCUGCAGACAAAAGCUUGCCGUUCAGCAUGAAGGACGUGCAGGCAACGAUUGAGGAGCGAGAAAGGAACCCUGCGCUGCCUACUGUUGCAUAUCACAUCCGGCUGGACAACAGGGCAAUGGACCUCCGAGUGAUGCAAACAAGGGCGGUUUUCCGCGUGAUUGAUGGAAUCAUGUUUUUUUUCAGGAUGCAUCUUCGUAGGAAUGGGUUUGUUGAGAUCAAGACGCCAAAGCUGAUAGAGAGCUCGAGCGAAGGUGGGGCUAAUCUGUUCAGUGUUGAUUACUUCAAGCAAAAGGCAUACAUGGCGCAGAGCCCGCAACUGUACAAGCAGAUGGCGAUUAUUGGAGGAAUGAAGAAGGUAUAUGAGAUAGGGCAUGUGUACAGGGCGGAAGAGUCGAAUAUCAAUAGGUAUCUGAGCGAGUUUGUAGGGCUGGAUAUGGAGAUGGAGAUAUCUACGGAUUACAACGACGUGAUUAAGCUGAUAUACUCAAUGCUUGUUGAUAUAUUCGACGGACUGAAAAACGACUAUGGAGACGAUCUCGAGACCAUUAGAAUGUUCCAUGUGUAUGAAGACAUCAAUUAUGGGCAUGAGCCGGUGGUGCUAACACACAGGGAGUGCACUGAUCUUUUGGUAGCUGAAGGAGUGGAUAUCAAAUAUGGAGAGGAUUUCAACAAUGAGAAUGAGAAGAGACUUGGAGGAAUAGUCAAGAGUCUGCAUGGUGUGGAUAUCUUUGUGAUAAAGGACUAUCCGGUGUCGAUAAGGCCGUUCUAUACGUAUCGUAACAAAGAGGAGGGAACAACAAGAUCCUAUGAUUUUAUUUUGCGAGGAGAGGAGAUUCUUUCGGGUGCACAGAGGGUUGACUGCUAUAGCGAUCUGCUUGGAUAUGUCAAAGAGCAUGGAAUUGCGCCUGAGUCUCUUGGUGGCUAUCUUGAGUCAUUCAAGUACGGAGCACCACCGCAUGGAGGAUGUGGGAUUGGCCUUGAAAGGCUUGCAAAGGCAUAUUUUGGAAUGGCAGACAUAAGAUGCUUUUCUCUGUUUCCUAGAGAUCCUAACAGGCUCUAUCCUUGA